UGACGUUGAAAAUAAUCAGUGUGUGUGUGUACGUGCGUGUGCGCGCGAUGCUUAAGGGGGCGGGAAUGUGUCACUUCAUUUACCAUAUUUGGUGUCUGCGAAUGUCAAGUUCCUCAUCGAAUUGUGUUGAAAUAUUGGAUGCUCCUUCUGCUUCUUCUCCUUCUAGUAACUACCGUUACUCAGUUGGCACAAUAAGAACUAGGCUUCUCCAUCAUCUCUCCAACGGCAGAGUCAUGUGUGUGGCGAGCUGCUCCAGGUGUGUGGGUGUGUCCCUGGUUCCCCUGGCCCUGCUGUGCAUCCUGGCCAACAGCCUGCUGUUCUUCCCCUGGCUGGAGGGACGCUACCUGCUGGAGGGUCAUGUGACCAGAGAGGCCACGUAUGGAACCGGCUUGUGGGCGUCAGGAUUCCUGGUUCUGGUCGGAGCGAGAAGAUUUAUAAUUGGCAGCUCAAAGACGGGCUGCUGUGGAUUCAGAACUGAGAUGCUGUUCCAGGUGGGCUCCUCCUGCGUGGCCCUGACGGCUGCUGCCCUCUGCUGUCUGGUGAGCGCCAGCGCGCUGGUUAACGGCCCGUUGUGCCUCCACAACUCCACGCAGGGCCAGGCCUGGGUGGCCCCGUUCAGACGCACGUCCAGCCAAGACCCAGUCUACCUGUAUGACCCUGCUCUGUGGGCCUCCGCCUGUGAGGAGCCAAGGAGUGCUGUGUUGUGGCAUGUGGUGCUGUUCACCGUCCUGGCGGCCAGCAGCGGCCUGCAGGCUCUCCUCUGUGCUGCCCACACACUCAACUCCAUGUGUGGCAUCGUCUUCGGUCGAGGCUUCCGCAGAAACAAGGUCAGUCCAGUCUCAGUUUAAGCUCCAGGACUGUGAGAAGAGAGGAAGGGAUGAUGGUGAUGAUGAUGAUGAUGAAGAGGAUAGUGAUGAUGAUGGUGAUGAUGCAGGAGUACUUUUCCCUGUGAUGAUCCCAUGAUGAUUGUGAUGAUCCCAUGAUGAUUGUGAUGAUCCCAUGAUGAUUGUGAUGAUCCCAUGAUGAUUGUCAACCUUGAAGCAGAAACAUACCUGCGGUUAGUAUACUUCAGACCAUGAGAAGUCCACAGUAGCAGGAAAGCACACUAGCACUUUAAAUAGAACUGUAGGUAAAUGACCUUCACUGUACACAUUUACAUCUCAACUUGUACAUUCACCUAUUUAUUUUAAUAGGAUAACUCAGGUUUAACAUGUUAAUGUAAUUUGCCCAUACUGUGAAUCAAGAACUAAUUUAUUUCUGUAGUUAUUUGCAAAAA